AUGCGAGAGUUAUUACUGGUACGAAAAUUAGAGGAAGAGCAAGCAAAAAGGAAGCCGCGCGACACACCUCCCGACUCUGCCUCAAUCCAAAAGCCUUCUGAUAUCACCGACUCCGUCGACACGGAGCGUUCAAUACAGUCGCAAAAUCAGGAUUCCCCUCCGCCCGAAAAUAACCACGAUCAAUUACCAUCGACUUCUCAACACUCUGCGAAUCACAUCGAAGGAAAUUCUUUGUCAGAUGACGACCUUGUUCACGGUGUUGUUGAGGCUGUCGAUUCAUCAAAACUCGUUGAUAGCAUAGAGGGUGCUAAUGAGUCAGAUGCCUAUGGUUUGACCACAGGCGCAAGUGCAGAUAAUGAAAGCAAAAUGAAUAAGGGUUCAACCGAAUUACAAUCAAAACCAUUAGAUUCUAAUUUCGAAAAUGUCGAAAUUCAAUCAUCAUCUCCGGCUUUAAUAAAUAGCUACGCAACUGAUGGAACUGUUUCCAAUAGCCCGUUAGAAAAAAGCAAUCAAGUCGAAAAGGAGCAGCCAAACCAGGGAACUGAUGAUAACAUUUCGCAAAAUAAACUUGAAAAUUCAGAUUUGCUGUCAAAAGACGACCCAAUCGAAUCAACCAAAUCUGUCAAGGAAAAUAUCGAAUUGAGUCCGGACGAAAAACGCCAGAGGUUAGCCGCCACUCGUUCGACGCAGAGGAAGGAAUUGAAAAGCCUCAUGAGACAGAAAAAAUUGCAGAAACAAAGUGAGGAAGUUGAUGUGGUUAUAAUGGAGCCUACGAAGAAACCCACCGUCAAUGAUGAUGCUCAAGUAUCAAAUGAUCCACCGACCGUCUUGAUUGACUCUGCGGAGAAGGAAGAGAAAACUGCGUCCUCUCGAAUAAAACGAUCAAAAGCCAAAUCGUCUUCUUCGGCCGAUUAUGAUUCGGACGGUUCUGUUGACCUGGAUGUUCUGAUCGCAGAAAACAGCGAUUUGGACUCGGGCGCAAUGCAGUUGAAUGACGAUGGCUUGAAUGAUGACGAUGACAACUUUUGGAAUAUUGAUCCCGCAGAACUUGAAAGGCAUCUGACACCGUCAACUACACCUCUACGUCUCCCAUCUCCAGAUCCUCAGUCUCCCCCAACUAUGUUCUCUUCGGUGCAUGUUUCUAGACCUUUCAGCAUGAUUGCCGAGGAGGAUGAGAAUCUAAGCGAUACCCCUCUUGAAGUCGACGGACAAGAAGCUGAUGAUAUUCUAAACUCGUUUUCAAGUUCAAAUGGCUUCAAUAUUGGUUCAAAGGAGGAUGAGGAUGAGGAAGAGAAGAUUGAUAUGAUGUUGGAUGCUCAAUCCCUUCUCCUCUUUCUCCAACUUCUUCAAGGGCUUCAUCUGUUGGUGACCCUGAGGAAUUUGAGACAAUGUCAAAUGGAUCGAUUGCGUGCUCCUAGUCGUGCCGGCUCCCACAUGACCAUCGCCUCUAGAAUCGCUACCGGUCAGAGUACGCCUGCAGCUACUCCAAUAAGAUCAAGGUCAAUGAGUGCUGUAAGCAACAGUUCUACCGAAGAGAGUACAACUUCAUCGAUAGGCGCGACUUCUCCCUCACGGAUUGCCUCACCUACUCGCGGAAUUCAUAUGAGUAUGUAUAACGCUCCGCCUCAAUCGAAGUCGGGAAGCAACGGCCGCCCUAGGUCGACGAGCCGAAUCAGUAAUAGUUCUGCUGAAGAGGUUUUAGUGAGGCCCACAUCAACUUAUGGCAUGCGACCGUUAAGCAGGGCUGGUUCGCAUAUUGGCGCAACAAAGUCUUCAGGCAUAACACAAAGUCGGAUUCAAGACAGUGUGCACUCAGCAUCUAUCGCUUCGACCAAAGCUAGUUCUUCAACUCGUUCCAUAUCUCAAUCACAACCACACCCAACAGGUUUGAUGCGACCUUCUAGUCGAGCUAGUACGGUUAAGUCUCCUAUUCCCCCUCCGACAACUCCUGGGCGUCCUCUAAGUCGUUUCGGAAGUUUAUCAGAAUCUCAAAAGAACACACCAACAAAAAAAAGUCGACCUCAAUCUCUUAGUGUUAUCAACCAAUCAAUAAAGUAUGAGCAGCCAUCAAACAUUGAUGCUACAAUCGGUCAAAAUUCUAUGUCCGGGAUUAGAUCUCCUUCAUCAGGUUUACGAACUAUCAAUUAUUUAGGUAGUCGCCAGAGCUCUGAUAGUCUGUCUUCGCAUGAUGAGUACCUUGUGUUUACUCCUCCUGAGUCACCCACAGGAGCUUCUGAAACAGAUUCACUCACCUCUUUAACAAGUUCUGUUUCAUAUGGUUCUUCUCCCGGUAGGGGGACAUCUCCAGUGCCUCCUUAUAAUACCUCAAUGAUCUCACCUGCAAGUGUAAUUUCGCCUAACUCUUCAAAACGAGCAUCCAUGAUUAGCAAACUUCCUGCCUCUAAGGUGCCCCCUUCGAAGCUUAUGGCUCCUAAUAGUAUAUCGGCUGGUCAGAAUACAUCAAUUCCCACUGGUCUGAGAAUACCUCAGGCCGG